UCCUGGCAUUUCCUGGUCAGCUGAUCCGUGUCAAGCUAUCGCAAAACAGUAGCAGGAGUAGUGACGGAAGCUUGAUUAACAACCACAAUGUUCUCUUUUAUGGACAUUAUUUGGUAAAACCUCGCACCAACCUGGAACUCUAAAGAGUGAGUCUUCCUCCCACGUUGAGUUGGUUCUCUUCUGCAUUUACUGGAAACUUCCUUGCAUUGAAAGCUUUCCAGCCGCAGUGCCAGAAUCAGACGCGGGGAAAGCAACUGUUUCAAAACUGAACUGGACUCAAUGAGGGAGCCCGACCGGGAGGAGCAGCAGCAGCUUGACGACAAUAUGCCCCCCAAAUUUAAGAGACAUCUGAACGACGAUGAGGUCACGGGAUCGGUUCGCAGCGAGAGGAGGAACCUGCUGGAAGAAGACUCUGAUGAAGAGGAAGAUUUUUUUCUGCGCGGCCCGACAGGACCCCGAAUGGGAGGACAGAAUGAAAAGCUAAAACAGGUGCAGUCGCAGGUGGACGAGGUGAUCGACGUGAUGCAGGAGAACAUCUCUAAGGUGAUCGAGAGAGGCGAGCGUCUCGACGACCUGCAGGACAAGUCGGAGAGUCUGUCGGACAACGCAUCGGCCUUCAGCAGCCGAUCCAAACAGCUGCACAGGAGGAUGAUGUGGCGGAACAUGAAGAUGAAGAUGAUCAUCGCUCUGGUCGUGGUGGGUCUGCUGCUGAUUAUUAUCGUUCCAGUGAUUCUGCGGUAUCGCUAAUAUCCAUGAAUGAGGACGACGGACCACCUUCAUCCUCGUAUUUUGCGAAAUCUCUUCAAUUGGUCCUACUAUCCAGUUAGGGGGGUGGACGCCGGACGACACCGCCCUUCCCUCCUCAUCACUAAGGUUGGCCGCCUUCAUCCCUGCUCUGGAAUUUUAGGAAGCGUAGACUCGUUUUCAUUGGACGCAUCCCUCUUCACACCGGUAGUAGUUUGAUAUGUGACAUUAUCGUGUAACCUGCCAAUCUAUUUAAUCAAGGGAACAACAAGGGACUUUUUCAUACUCUUCAGUAUUUCCUAAACUCAUUUCCUGCCCGUAACGGCGUUAGACGUUAAAUCUGUUUUAACUGGUUUCGCUGCUUGCCCCUCCCAGUUAAAAUGGAUUGGAUGUCGGUCGGCGUCAAUGGCAGCCAAUGACUUAAAAGGCACUGUAGUUUUUACAGUCUGUCAAAACCAAAACUACAAGGUGAUGAAUGUCUCUGAACCAGGAAUGGUCGACACCUACCAACCCACUCAGCCGAUUGUUUUUGGUUCUGUUGAAUUUUGUGACGCUUGGGUCGUAAGAAUUCCAGAUAUCAUUCUUGAAGAUGUGAAGCAGUCUGGAUUGAACAACCCUUGCUAUUUUAUUGUUCUUUAAUUUAUUCCAAGCUGUACAUAUCGAUUGUGUAACGCCACACUUGGUCGUAACCAUUCCAAUCCUUCUCUCAUCCUCUCUGUCUGAAAUAAAGUGCUUUUAAAAGUCA